ACAAUUACAAUCACAGAACUUCAAAGUUUUUCUCUCCCGUUUUUCUUCCGAUCACAAUUCACAAUUAGGGUUUCGUUUUCCUCUUGUUCUUGCGGUUUUUCUCUGUCCUGAAAUAAAACUACAUCAAUGGCAUCUUCAUCAUCAUCAUCCGCUGAAUCAUCCAAGAAGGUGAUCUUGAAAUCGUCCGACAACGAGGAAUUCAGCGUCGACAACAAUGUCGCAGUACAAUGUCAGACAAUCAAGCUCAUGAUCGAAGAUGAUUGCGCCGACAACGCGAUCCCUCUGCCGAAUGUGACGAGCGCGAUCCUUACUAAAGUAAUUGAAUACUGUAAGAAGCAUGCUGACGCUUCUAAUGCUGCUGGUGGUAGUGCUUCUAAUGCUGCUGGUGGUAGUGGUGGUGGUGGUGGUGGUGAUGAACUGAAGAAGUGGGAUGCAGAGUUUGUUAAUGUUGAUCAGAAAACCCUGUUUGACCUGAUAUUGGCUGCUAACUAUCUGGACAUCAAAAGUCUGCUGGACUUAACCUGUCAAACUGUCGCCGAUAUGAUAAAAAACAAGUCACCGGAGGAGAUCAGGGAGAUCUUCCAUAUCAAGAACGACUACACCCCGGAAGAGGAAGCGGAGGUUAGGAAGGAGAACCAGUGGGCCUUUGAAUGAUUGGUCCAACUUCAUAGACGCCUUCACCAUACACAAUUAAUGCUGUUAGAGUGUUAGAUAUCAAGAAUUCAAGAGUGAGUUCGUUUCUUUUUGCCGCAACUAUUAGUCGCUAUUUUACGUUUUAGAUUGGAAUUAUUUUGUGAUUUUUGUUUUUAGGUUGGAUUUAGUUUUUGAUUUUUGUUUUGGUACUAUUGCUAUCGUCAACUUCAGUUUAUGCACAAUCUUCAGUUUAUUAUAAUGUUAUUUCUGAUUUUGAUUUUUAA